CGGUAAGAAGUUUCGGUUUUGUUACGUCAUUACUUCUUGUGCAGCUUAUAUUACAGAGACACAAAUCCGUGUGCAUUAAACACCGUUCUCGCUCUGUACGAUCUUUUAGACGAUCUUUUAGACCAUGAGACGCGGACUGUUCACCAUAAUCGGGGUCACAGCAGGGGCAGUCGGUGCGAUUGCAUUGGCCCCGGUGGCGCUCACCUUGGCUGGAUUCACCUCUGCUGGUAUAGCAGCAAGUUCUAUGGCUGCCAGCAUGAUGUCAUCAGCAGCCAUUGCCAAUGGGGGCGGUGUGGCUGCAGGAAGUUUGGUCGCUCUCCUCCAAUCUGCAGGUGCUGCUGGACUGUCUGCAGGUGCGACAGCAGCCGUGGCAUCUGUAGGUGGAGCAGCAGGUGCUGUAAUAGGUGGAGCUGCAGAUUUGCUCUCUCAUUCCAACAGUCCACCUUCACUUGAGAAUGAAGAUGAUGGAGAUGAAGAAGAGGAGGAGAAGGAGACAGAGAUGAUGAAUUUGCAGGAGGCCAAAGAGCUUACGCCAAAAUAAGGGCCUCUGUUAAUAACUGAUAACAAUGCAUUUGUGUGAGCACUUUGUAUGUAGAUGUUAAUUUUAUGCUUGUACAAGUAGAAUGUGCAUGUAAUGUGACUGAAGAUCGCUUUUUAUUAAACAAUUAAAACAUUUUCAGUAUGAAUGCAAGAAACUGUAAUUAAAAUGAUUUGUGUCCUUGAAUAUCAUAAAUAAAUCUUUCCAGGAGAA